UUGAUGCAACGUUGCAGAUGUGUGUGACGUCUCUCUCUUUGUGUCCAAUAAACUAUAAACUAAACUCUUCUGGUUAAAAUAAAGCUGAGGCACAUUAACGUUUCAACACACAUAAUAAAUCAUUAGUUAUAGCAUGACCUUUGCUCCAUAUCAACCAGACAACAUCCUGGUAUUUCACAGUAAGAGUGCACAUGAGAGGGAGGAAACAAACCACAGAGCUGCAGUAAGAGGAGGAGCAACACUGGAAAGAGGAGAGCUACAACGUCACACUCCAGAAAUGAAAGUUAAGUUUGUCAGAGUGUCAGCCACGCUGCAGUAGAGACAAGACUCUGUUUCUCUCUGAAAGAAAAGUCAAACUGACUUCAUCAGGUCUUUCUCAACAACACAGCAGAGUCUCUGCCAAACACUGAUAUGGCUGCUGUGAGCAUUCUGCAAUCUGAAGAUCAGUUUCUGUGCUCCAUCUGUCUGGAUGUGUUCACUGAUCCUGUCACCAUACCAUGUGGACACAACUUCUGCAAAAACUGCAUCACUGAUCACUGGAAUACCAAUGACCAGUACCUGUGUCCCCUGUGUAAGGAGGGUUUUACCACCAGACCUGAUUUGAGGGUCAACACUUUCAUCUCUGAGAUGGUCGCUCAGUUCAGACAGUCAGCUCAACAGAAAGCCAGCAGCAGCAGCUCAGAGCAACAAGUGUCCAAACCAGGAGAAGUUCCCUGUGACGUCUGUACUGGAACCAAACUGAAGGCAGAGCUGGGGAAGACAGAGGCUGAAAUUCAGCAGAUGAUCCAGAAGAGACGACUGAAGAUUCAGGAGAUCAAACACUCAGUCGACCUCAGUGAGGAAGAUGCAGACAGAGAGAUAGCAGUAGGUGUUCAGGUCUUCACUUCUCUGAAGGAGUCUGUUGAGAGAGGCCUGAAUGAACUCAUCGACACGAUCAAAGAGAAGCAGAAAACGACAGAAAAACAGGCCAAAGCUUUCAUCAAAGAGCUGGAACAGGAAAUCUCUGAGCUGAUGAAUGUCCAGUCCCUAAACAUCCAACAACCUCCACCCACCAAGGACUGGACAGAGGUCAGCGUCCGUCCAUCAUCAUAUGAGGGGACUGUGGUGAAAGCUGUGGUUCAGCUGGAGGAGACACUCAGUAAAGAGAUGAAGAAGCUGCUUGAAGCCGAGCUGAAGAGGGUCCAGCAGUAUGCAGUGGAUGUGACUCUUGAUCCUGUAAAUCCCACGAGCCGGAAGCUGUUGAGCGGAACAAAGUUGACGGUGUUUGUGAUGCUGAGGAGAGAGCAUCCUCCGCGGCAGGUCUCCACACAGGCAGGCCGUGUGUUUAGGGAGAUGUGA